GAGGUUUAAAGUUUGUAACUAAUCAAACUCAACAGAUAUCAUAAAUAAAUAGUGAACUAAAUAACAGAAACUCAGAAGAGGAAGCAAUGGGAGGGACUGAUUCGUAUCAGCAAACGAGCUAUGGAUUUGCGAUCGGAACACCCGUGGCUACACACAACACGAACGCUGCGGUAGUGAGUGACGUAUUCUGCUGUCCGUACCCGCUCCAGCUAACCGUCAAGAAGAAAUGUAAAGGACUAAGCGGUGCGAAGCUAGAGGUGGUGGACCUCAACUCUAAUGUCGUUCUCCGCGUCGACGGUCCUCACGACAGCUUCAGCAAGAAACGCGUCCUUUGUGACCCCGCGGGUUACCCUCUUCUCACCAUGCGCGAGAAGUUGACGUCGUUACAUGAUGGAUGGACGGUUCACCGAGGAGAAGGCUCAGAUCCAAGGGAACUGAUGUUCACGGUGAAACGUUCUCAUGCUCUUCAAUGGAGAGCUCGCCUCGAUGUCAUCUUUCAAUCUCAUUAUCUCCCUGGAAACUUCAGCGUUGUAGGCACUUACUUCGACGACUCAGCCAAGGUCUACCAUUCCAACGCUGUCAUCGCCGAGGUGAAGGAGAAGACGACAUUUGGAGGGUUUUUCAAAGGGAAACAAGACUUUGUAGUUAGAAUAAAUGCAGGCGUUGACUAUGCGUUUAUUGUCUCUCUCCUCGUCAUUUUGAACGAGACCAACACAAUCUUUUAGCUCAUCCAUGUCAUCAUUGUCUUGUUCAGUUUGUGUAUCUGACUAUUACAUCUUUUACAUUGUUACAGUUCUAUU